UGUCCAGACAAGAUAUCCAUCUUGCAACUACUCCUUCUGGUUCCUUAAAAUUUUUAAGCCAGGUUAAGGAAGAAUGGUCAGUACGCAGUAAGAAAGGUCGUCCAUACAAAUAAUGCCUGAAUUGUUUGACAAAAGUGACUGCUGCCAAGAGUUCUCUAUAUGUUGUGCAGUAUCUCCUUUGUGAUUUAGAGUUUUACUCCCAUACGCUAUAACCUUCUCUUUGCCAUUCUGUAACUGUGAAAGUACGGCCCCUAUUCCAUAAGCACUGGCGUCUGUAUCCAGUAUGCAACUAUCGAUUCGUGUGGGGUAAGCUAAGAUUGGAGCAUUUACCAAUUAUUUUUUCAAGUUAUUAAAUGUGUCAUUGCAAUCAUCAGCCCAUUUGAACUUUACAUUCUUUUGUGUCAGUCUAGUCAACGCAUAAGCAAUUGAUGAGAAGUUUUCGAUGAACUGCCGAUAAUAUGAUGCCAGACCAAGGAAAUUUCUUAAGCUGGUUAAAUCAGUUGGUGUUGGCCAGUUUCUAACAGCAUCGAUCUUUUUAGGGUCACAAUUAAUCCCUUCCUCUGAAACAACAUAUCCCAAAUAACAAACUUCAUCCAUGAAAAGACAGCAUUUCUUCGGCUUUAAUUUGAGAUUUGCGGACUUGAACCUUUUGAAAACAAGCUUCAAAUUUUCAAGUGUUUCAUGAAAAGUUGCUCCAAAUACAAUGACGUCAGCUAGAUAGACCAAUCACCUCUCCCACUGCAAACCAUUUAGUGUUACUUCCAUCAAACGUUCAAAAGUUGCUGGACUAUUUGACAAUCCAAAGGGCAUGACUUUGAAUUGAAAUAGCCCUUUGUGCGUUGUGAAGGCAGUGUACUUUUUGUCCUCAUCCUCCAUGGCGACUUGCCAAAAUCCGCUUGCCAAAUCUAAUGUGCAAAAAUAUCGGGCGCCUGAGAGCGAGCUUAUGGAUUCGUCGAUUUUUGGCAAUGGGUAAGCAUCUUUUAUGGUAACUGAAUUUAGCUUACGAUAAUCAACACAAAAACGUGUUGUUCCAUCCUUCUUCUUUGCUAGCACUAUCGGUGAAGCCCAAGGACUGUUGCUACUUUCGAUGAUACCAUUAUCUAGCAUAUUGUUGAUUUCUUGUUCGGCAACUUCUUUUUGAUGUAUUGGUAGUCUGCGAGGUGGUAACUUAAUUGGUUUGGCAUUCCCAACAUCAAUCCGAUGCUUCACAAUAUCUGUUUGUCCUAGCGUAUUGCUUGGGUCAACAAAAAUAUCCGCAUAUUGUAAUAAAGUUUCCUUGAGUUCAUUUUUCUCCUCAUUAUUGAGUUUCUUUGAUGAAUUUUCAAGUAGCGGAGCCAGAUGUUCUGGUAAAUUAGAAGUCCGGUUUACAGGUAAGUGUACCUCCUUUGAUACACAAUUUACAAAGCAUUCAGCCUUGUGAAUGGUCGCAACUUCUGAGUUUUCAUGCAACAAUAUAGGUUGACUUGUUGGAUUCAAUACGGAAAUUAUAACUUCUGCGUCAGAUGGACAACCUACUGACUUCGGUAUGAGAACAGAAUGUUCCCCUUGAAAGUCUUUACAAGGCUCUAUAAUGCCUUCUGAACUACUGGGAAAGUGUCCUACUAUUUUGCAUUUAGUAUAAAUUUCGAUUUUGGGAGGUACUGUUAUUGAAGUGCUAAGGUGAACUUUAGCGCACUCGUUAAUGGAAGAGUUCUCUUUCUGAAGCUGUAUUUCAAACAGGGAUGAUUUCAUUUUUCCCGCACCAGUGUCUAUCAAUAUCCCUUGUUGAGCAAGAAAAUCAAGUCCAAGUAUACCACCUGGAAAUCCUCCUAAUUCUGCCACUAUUACCGAGUGUGCGAAUUCUUGAUCUCCAACUUUCAAUGACACCAAAGUCUCGCCAUAGACUUUCAUGGCUUCCCCAUCCGCUGUCAUCAAUGUGGUAUCAACUGAGGUCAACUGAGCUGAACUUGAAGCGACAGAUCUAGUCAGGUCUGUGUAUGUUUCCUUGGAUAUGAGAGUAACCGCCGAUCCCGUAUCCACUAACAUAGCCACUUGCUUCCCCUCAACUUCAACCUCCACAUACCAACAACUUGAUUUUAUUGCUGCUAGUUUGAUUUUGCUAGGUGGCCUCAAUGAAAUCUCUUCAUUAUUUACUUCCUGUUGGACCGAGCAUUUGGCCUCCUGCUCAGCCCGUUCCUGUUUAAAGGUUGAUCACUUUCCAUAUUAGAUGCUUGGUUAACCGACAUUUGUUCCUCCCUAGAACUCACUCUCUUGGGACAGUUUCUGCUGAUGUGACCUUCUUGUCCACAUGAAUAACAGUUUAUUGUUUUCUUUUUCUUUUCGGUAUUAGAUGCUUCCCUAUUCGCAGUCAGGUUUUUAAUCGAACGACUAAGGUUUUCUACUGUAGCCUUCAAUUCUCGUACAGUCUCAUCUGCAUUUUCUGCCGUGUGCGAUACACCUCUGACUUGUAAAGUAUCGUCGUUUAUCGGUUUUCUGGAACCGAAUUGUACUCCUUCGAAAGCCUCGAAUUCCAAGGCAAGGGAUAUUGCCUUAUCAAACGAUUGUGCAUGUGCGAAUUGCACAUGACGUCUUAGUUCCUGAUUUCCCAAUCCUGAUAUGUAUUGGUCUAUGAGCAUGCUUUCCCUUGCAUAUACAGGUAGAUCGGGAAAUGCAAGUGACGAUAAACGUCGUAGCGCGUAACCAUAGUCCGCGACUGACUCUUUUUCUUUUCUUUUCCUGUUUCGAAACUCGCAUCUGUACGCAAUCUCGCGUUCUGGUGGACAAAAUCUCUUUGUUAGGGACUGUUUUAAAUAGAAAUAAUUUGAAAGUUCGGUAGGGUUUAAUUCGCUCAAUACUCUUUGUGCACUUCCGCGCAAACUCAUGACUAAUUGUGCAGCCAUCUCAUUUUCGCUCCAUCUAUUCCACUGUGAAACCUGUUCAAAGUGACAGAUGUAAUCAUUCCACUCCACAUUUUGUCCGUCAUAUGUGUCAGGAUUUUUCAGUUUUCGUAUUUGCGGACGCAUUUCAGUCAUACCAUAAUUUGUACAAUUUCUUACUGGUCUUGCGUGUAGUUGGUCUACAUAUCUACUUUGUGGACCUAAUGUGUAAUGAACAGGGGCAUUUUGUCCUGACUGAAAUUCAGAAUUAAACAUUUGUCGUUGAUCGGAUGUACUUGAAUAAGGAAAAUUAUAAUUUCCUGUCUGUUCCUUAAAUUCAUUACCACGAUAGGUACACCCAGGUGUGUGUAUAUUUUGAUUUCCUCCUUGCUUUUGGAAUCGCUCAGUUGAAUGAAACGAAAUUCAGUUUUGUUCCGGAUGAGUAUUUUCGGCAUCGACCGAACCUCUAUCAUGCGUCACUCUAUUUCUGUUUAAGUCAGAGUUCAUUGCGGUGGGAAAAUACGAUUCGCAAGUUGCUUGUAGGAUUCUGUUAAUAAACGGACGUUUAUUUUCAUCCAGAUUUGUAUUAUGCAGCUUGUAAUGACGCAUGGGCGAAUUAGGACCUUGUGAAUUUAAACGAAAAUUCGGAUCCCAUUGAGCAAAAUUUGGAUCCUCCCGCUCGGGAUACCUAUCAACAGUGACAUAAGAAACAGAACUGCCGCAAGACGAGUGUGCAUCUACCUCUCUGAAUGAAUUACGAGAUUCGGGAAAGUAUCGAAAUACUUGUGAAUCGCUUUUUGAAUUCCCUGGAAAAUGAACAUUAGGUUCAUUUGUGAAAUUGGCUAUUUCAUCCUGCGUCUCGCGUUGAAAUUUAAAUGUAUUCGGACUAAAACGUCCGGACGGAAGCCUAUUUCGUUCAUAAGGUAAGAAUCUACCUUUUGUUGUUUCAUUUUCAAAAUUUAAAGAACAAGGAACCUCCCCGUUAUUUUGAAAAUGACCGAGAAAUCCCGGUCUAUCAUCUUUAGACCCAAAUUCGUCUACGUGAAACAUUUCGUCUCACAGACGCUAAUCCUAAUAACGAGACCUAAAUAAAGUAAAUAUGACUGCAAAGUCUAUCGUUUAUUAUCCCGGACGAGCCCCCAAAAUUCUGUAACGGGAAUGGAUGUACAUGUAGCACGAGGAUUUCAAAUCCUUCUCAUGAGAACAUCAGUCCCCGUAAAUUAGGAAAAUAUAUUUCCUUUUGUCCCGAAUGUCAAUUUAGGAUAAUAAAAGAUAAACCAAGCAGUCUCCGUGGUUUGGAUAUAAAUAUAAACGAUUUAUUCUUUAAGUUAACAUUAAAAUAUACAGUUAUCAAUAACACGUCCUACCCCUAGCUCUACGAUGUAACAACUCCCUUUUACUGUAACGGGAAUGGAUGUACAUGUAGCACGAGGAUUUCAAAUCCUUCUCAUGAGAACAUCAGUCCCCGUAAAUUAGGAAAAUAUAUUUCCUUUUGUCCCGAAUGUCAAUUUAGGAUAAUAAAAGAUAAACCAAGCAGUCUCCGUGGUUUGGAUAUAAAUAUAAACGAUUUAUUCUCUAAGUUAACAUUAAAAUAUACAGUUAUCAAUAACACGUCCUACCCCUAGCUCUACGAUGUAACAACUCCCUUUUAAAAUUAAACCUACCUACAAAGCUGCUGUUGUUUACUUAGCAACGUCACCGGUGCCGCGCGUGACACAGAGAUAGUGACACCGGUGACGGCAAAAAGCACGUUAAUAAAAUACACACCCAUUACAGCAAGGAAACAUUCAGUAUAAUGUUUACAUAAUUACCAAGAAGCAUUCAGUAUAAUGUUUCAUUAUUGCAAGGAAACAUUCAGUAUAAUGUUUACAUAAUUACCAGGUAGCAUUCAGUAUAAUGUUUCAUUAUUGCAAGGAAACAUUCAGUAUAAUGUUUACAUAAUUACCAGGAAGCAUUCAGUAUAAUGUGUCAUUAUUGCACGGAAACAUUUAGUGUGUGGUUGCAAAGUUAUAUAGAUAUAAACUAUAUAUCUGUCUAUAUUUUAAAGUAGCAGCAAGGCAGAGUGCAAGGCCUGUGCUAUAGAGAUACAUUAAAUGCAAUGUCUAUUACACUGAGAGGCAUUUUAGUAUGAUAUUCCAUUGUUAUCAAUUAACAUGAGUAUGAUUUAAAAUUAGGGAAAGGUUAGCGGUAUGCCGCUACUGUUACGAAACGGGUUAGAAAAGUGUGGCAUAUUUCCCUGACACCUAUUUAUGCCAUUACUGUACUAUAUUUUUAUUCUUUGAUAACUAAAAACAGCCUCCAGAUUUGGCAUUUAGUUUCUUUCUAUCAAGUUAUAUUAUCUAUAUAUUAUUGUGCCUAGAGAUGUUCUUUGGGCUAUUGGAUUUCAGUCAAAUUCUGUUAUCAUGAACAAUAGCCCUUGUUGCGAUGUACAAGUCCGUUUUAUUAUACAGGCGAACUGUUUAUAUCUAUGCUGGAUGUCAUGCGGUAUACUGUUUGGUGUUUACAGUAGUAUUAGUUUGCCAACUUUCUCAUUCAUCAAGUUUGUUGGAAGUUGACAUGCUCCUUUUUCCUUGAUGCCCAGAUUUACUGUGGUUAAUUAUGUUUUAGCAAACAUGCAAAAGGGCAAAGCCACUUCAAGGAAGCGACCAGCUUCACCCCGGCCCGCUCCAAAGAAGUCCAGCCGUCACAGUGUAGCACCACACAACCCGUCUGUGGAACAAGAGCCUGCAGAGUUGACACCCAUCAUAGACUAUGAAAAACUGGCGAGACACAUCGUCCAGGAGCAGGCACGGGCCCAAAAUGCAAACGUUCCCCCAGAACAGACGUCUCCCAAUUCACGGCACCAAAUGGAUGGGACUUGCGAGGACAUACCCACCACUUCCAACCAAGCCAUUUCGAGUGACAAUGUCACCACCAUCCUUGACGCAGUAUUUCAGGGCAGCUCGGCAGCUAGCACCGUAUCUGGAGGAAUGUCAGAUACCCAUUCCACACUCUCUUCUACACAUUUAGUACAUGGGGCACGGACACUUUUAUCUGCAUCCUUGGCAUUAUCAACUCAAUUAGCGUACCGGCGAUCAUGGCAACUCCUGCAAACAUUUCAAGGUCAGAGAGCUUUACCCUUGCGUGUGGUUGACAUAUGCAACUUUAUAGCCCACUUGCAUGCAUCCCAUUUUAGUGCAAGUACAAUUUCUUCCCAUAUUUCUGCCAUAGGCUAUGUACACAAGAUACUUGCAUUACCGGACCCUACACAGAUGUUUAUUGUGAAAAAGAUACUAAGGGGUUGUCACAGGUUGUCUCCCACAGUGGAUUCACGCCUGCCAAUUACCAGAGAUAUCUUGCUUCAGAUUAUCAAGGCUAUACCCCACACCAUUUCUGUUUUGGAUUAUCGUAUCAUGUUAGAAGCCCUUUUCUCUAUUUGUUUUCAUGCUUUCCUUAGACUUGGUGAGGUCACAGUAAAACCAGGCAUUACAUCAGAUAAAGUCAUUCACCUUCAAGAUGUAGAGUUUUAAUACAAUGGCUCAACUCCCUCUAGAGUGCAAUCAAAACCCAAAAAAUGAACAAGCCUGUCACAAUUUGUGUAGAGGGCUCCCCCACACUGGACCAUUGCCCCGUCAAAACAUUACACCGUUAUCUGUCGCAUUCAGGUCAUACAUCUGGUCCACUUUUUCAAUAUAGAAAUGGUUUUCCGAUUACGUACAAUUAUGUUUCCAAAGAACCUUCAAACAUCAUUAAGUAUGUGGGUCUCAAUCCUGCACUAUACAAAGGUCAGUUUUCGCAUUGGGGCAGCAACAUAUGCAGCACAAAAAGGGUACUCGGAGAAUUAUGUUCAACAAUUAGGUCACUGGAACUCUAAUGCCUUGAAACGCUAUAUUCGCAUCCCUACACUCUCUCUUUGAUCACUUCACCUCUCCUGAAUCAGCUCAUUCGUUGUAAAGUUCAAAUAUUUUAUGCAGGUCAGUAUUUAACUGCUGCAUCAAGUUGUUGGCUUAUUUCACUCAUUGGCUAUACCCGGUAUCUUUCUAUGCAGGCCCAUUUUUCACCAUAUAUAACUUUUACCAAAAAUGCCAGUGUCCUACUUCCCUAAAAAUGGGGUUUACCAUGCAAGUCAGUGUUUAAGUGUCGCAAUUAUGAGGUCAUUAUGCAGGUCAGUGUAUAACUGCUGCAACAACGGGGGUUACCAUGCAGGUCAGUGUUUAACUGCUGCAACAAUGGGGUCACCAUGCAGGUCUGUGUUUAACUACUGUAACAACGGGGUUACCAUGCAGGUCAGUGUUUAACUGCUGUGGAAAAAACCCCAAUCCAUUUCCCUUCCCACUUUAAAGUACCUGUUUUAGUCAUAUUUGCGUGCUGACUCACCAACAGGGUCCAACCGAAAUAUCCAUUAAUUACCUCCAUUAUGGUUGAAUUGUAGUUAUGUUUUUCACAACUUAUGUAUAUAAAUGUUUUGAAUUUGUUACACAAUUUACAAGACAGCUCACUUUGGAUGGCUCUGAAUAUGAUUUGUUAAUCAUAUCUUUGGCCCUUUUUGUUCGCCAUCUUUUUGCUUGUUGUACACUUUGGAACAAGUUUCCAAGGUCUGUAUUUUAACUAGUCAUUGUUUGUUAUUUGUGAUAAUCAUGUAUGGGGAAAAUCAGGACAGAUGUGUUGAAAUCCUAUGUAAUUACAUUGUAUGUAUCUACUGAUUUUCCCCUGUUUGAACUGGUCAGUACCAUAUUUAUUUGUGAAAUUAUCUAUAUGGGGGGAAUCAGAAAUGAUGGGUUGAUAUAUUGUGCAAGAUUAUGACAGUGUUCGUGGAUCGCUGAUUUCCCCCCUUCUUUGUAUGAACCUUUAUCUUCGUCAUUUGUUGUCUAAAAUAAAUGACAUAUUUCAUUCUCA